AUGAGUGAAAAACCAACAACAUCAAAUAAUAUUAGUAGCAAUAAUGGUACUUCUUAUGAAAAUGAUAGACACACGGGGCAGUUUUCCCAUAGACGUUGGUCUCAUGCACUUGCACUUGCUGACCAACUUCGUCACAAUACAUUAGCUAGAAAAAACGAACAAUUACGACAAUUUGCGUUUGAUCUUCCAUCAGCCGAUGUUCAAGAAUCAAGUAUUACAGCAUCAGUUGAAGCACAAACUGAUCAUGUUAAUUCUUUUCAAAAUGAACUAUUAGGUGCUAAAACUGGUAACUUUAAUUUGGAUAGUUUAACUGAAUAUUUUCUUAAUUUGAAACAUACAUUUAAUCAAAUGCUUGAACUUGACAAAGAUGAUAUACAACAAAUAACAUUAGCAACAUCAAUAACAAAAACGGCUUUAUUAAUUGUUUUACGUUCAACAGAAUCAAUUGUUGACAUGGUAACAAAGGGAACCAGAUGUUUUCCAACAUUAAAUUCCCUUAUUUCAUACAUUCGCUCACGUCAUAAAGAAUUACCUAUACAUGGUAGUCUUCUUGUUGAAUGGUAUCAGGCUUCAAAUGUACUAGAUUUACUUCUUGAUAGUCCUGAUUGGCUGGUACAACCACGAAAAGCAUAUUGGGCUAUGCAAGUAUGCAAUGAAACAUUAGCUUGGGCACGUGUGGUUUUUAGUGAAAAUUAUUGUAAAACAUCUAUCGGACGACCAAUAUUUGAUCGAGAUGAUAGCGUGUUUCUUGAUGAACCAAUCGGUCAAGAAUGA